CCAAAGAGAAGAGCAUUCCUUCCCUUUACAUCGUCGGCUUCCUCUAAAUCGAUUUAACCCGUCGCCUCUUUGGAAUCGAUCGCUGAAAACGGUAACAGCCUCGCUUCAUGCCUUCCAUUUCUCGCCGCUCCGCCUCAGAUUCGUAGAGCCGGAGCUGAGAUCUCGAUAUUCCUCACUUCCUCCGUCGCUGCCGUCAUGGAUCCCGGCUCCGCUCCCCGCACCGUCGAGGACAUCUUCAAGGACUAUAGCGGCCGCCGAGCCGGCAUCGUCCGCGCCCUCACCCUUGAUGUCGACGAGUUCUACUCUCAAUGCGAUCCCGAUAAGGAGAAUCUGUGUCUGUACGGGCAUUCCAACGACACGUGGGAGGUCAACCUCCCGGCGGAGGAGGUGCCGCCGGAGCUUCCGGAGCCGGCUCUUGGAAUCAACUUCGCAAGGGACGGAAUGGACCGGAGGGACUGGCUCUCGCUUAUCGCUGUGCACAGCGAUUCCUGGCUCUUGUCUGUUGCUUUCUAUCUUGGGGCGCGCCUCAACAGGAACGAUAGGAAACGCUUGUUCAGCAUGAUCAAUGAACAUCCAACUGUCUUCGAAGUGGUGUCUGACAGGAGGCAAUCAAGAGAAAAGUCUGGUAUUGACAGUGGAAAUAAAUCCAAACUCUCAAAGAGAUCAAGUGAUGGACAAAUAAAAAGCAACUCGAGGAUGGCUGAUGAAGGGUAUGAUGAAGAUGAAGACGAACACAGCGAAACCCUUUGUGGUGCUUGCGGCGGAAGUUACAGUGCAGAUGAGUUUUGGAUUGCGUGUGAUGUAUGUGAAAGGUGGUUCCAUGGGAAGUGCGUUAAGAUAACUCCUGCCAAAGCCGAGAGCAUAAAACAGUAUAAAUGCCCCCGUUGCAGCUCAAAGAAAGCUAGGCAGUGACAAUUCGAACAAUGAUAGACCUCAAACAAGUCUUCAAAACAUCGAUCCUUGUCCAUUAUAGUUAGUCUUAUCCAAAUACUGAACGUCACAAUGUUCCCCAAGUUACAUCCUCCUCAUCUGUAACUUAUAUUAGCUUUUGACAACAUUCACAAAUUUGGACAUUUUUAUUUCUUGUACUGAUUUCUCAUGUCGUACUAGUUGAAAUGCUGUUGUGUUUCUGAUAUCAA